CGGGGGAGUCAGUUCCUUUUGCGACAGGCAGAGGCAGACCUCAGGCUGGCAGGCGCGGGAGCUGUCCAGCAGUCAGCAAGUGCGGCAAGCCGCUACGCAGGGCUCUCCCACCCGCCAGCUCGGCGCUCCGGUCUCCGAGGCCCCUGGAGGGCAGGCCCUGCUGGGAAGCCAGAGGCUGCCUGGGGAGGGAGGCAGGACUGCGGGGGAGAGGAGAGGGCGCGGAGGGGGGCGAGGCCGACCGGGGAGCUCGCUGGCCUGUUCUUUGCUGGGCCGCGCAGCUUCCCUGCCAGGCGCGCCCCACUGCUGCCUGCCUUCAGCCUUUGGCCACACGUCCGUCUGCUUCCUGGUCCGCACAGGUACCUUCUGUCAGGAAAGAUGGACUUGGGGAAAGGCAAGCUCCUCAGAACUGGUCUCAACGCCCUCCAACAGGCGAUACAUCCCAUCCAUGGCAUUGCCUGGACCGACGGGAAGCAGGUGGUACUGACGGCCCUGCAGCUCCAGAACAAGGAGCCCAAGUUUGGGGACUCGAAGAUCAUCGGGCAAUUUGAGCAUGUUUACGGACUGUCCUGGAGCCCCAUGGGGUCAGAGGGCACCCCGACUCUGCUGGCUGUACAGCACAAGAAACAUGUCACCGUGUGGCAGGUGUGCUUGAGCUCGUCGGAGAGAGGCAAGCUUCUGGUGUCCCAGACAUGCGAGAUCGGGGAGCCUUUCCCUGUGCUCGCUCAGGGCUGUGUGUGGCACCCCAAGAAGGCCAUCCUCACUGUGCUCACCAGCCACGAAGUCUCCGUGCUUCCCUCGGUGCACUGUGACAGCACCAGGGUGAAGGCUGACCUGAUCAAAGUCCAGGGUUUUGUGCACUGUGGAUGCUGGACCCAUGAUGGCCAGAGGCUGGUGGUGGCCGUGGGCAGCGCCUUGCAUUCUUUCAUAUGGGACGACUCCCAGAAAUCUCUGCAGCCGUGCGCUUUCUGCCCCGUGUUCGACAUGGGCAAAAACAUCUGCUCUGUGCUGGCCACUGUGGACAUGCAGAUUGCUGUGGCCACCGAGCUCCCACUGGACAAGAUUUGUGGCCUGAACUCAGUAGAGCCCUUUGAGAUGCCCACAGUGGAAGAGGCACAGCCCUCCACCACCCCUUCGACUUCAGCAGUCAUUGCAGAGGAGGCCUUGAUGGAUACCGGAAAAGUGUCCCCCGACUCGGAGCGGUCCUCCUCCUCGGCUUCCCUCUCAUCUUCCUCUCUGGACUCCUUGGAUCUGACUCAGAUGCUCCCCAGGAACUAUCAGUCAGACACAAACUUCUUCUUCCACCUCAGAGAGAAGGAAUACUUGGCUCGGGCUGGCAAGGAGUCCUCCCAUUUGGUCCUGGUGACCUUCGAUAGGAUGGUCACCACCACCCGGAAAGUGGGCAUCCCUGGCAUCCUGGUGCCGGACCUCCUGGCGUAUGACCCCAAGUCCCAGGUGAUGGCUGUGGCCUCCAACACGUGCCACACCAUUCUGGUCUACUCCCUGAUCCCCGCCUUGGCGCCGGGUGUCCAGUGCAUCCGCCUGGAGAACUGUGAGAGGCCCAAGGGCAUCUGCUUCUUGUCAGACAAACGGCUCCUGAUUUCAGUUGGGAAGCAGAAGUUCAUGGAUCCCACCUUCCUGCCAUCCUCCAAGUCUGAAAUGUACAACAUUCACCUGGAGGUCAAGGAAGUCGACUUUGGGAAAGAGCCCUCCAUGACGUCGGUCUGGAGCCAGCGAGAUUUCUGCAACCUCAGCCUGGGGCUGGGCAUGGCCAAUAAGAGGAAGCCGGGGGACAGCCUUUGCCUCAACACCUACCCCCAGAAGAGGGACCUGCUCAUGCCUGGAAGGAUCCAGUCUCUGCCUCGGGGGAAGUCCCUGAUCGAGGACAUCACAGGAGCUUCGGGGGCCCAGAGCUCCAGGCCCAGCACCUCACAGCUCGGCAAACCCAAGCUGAGUCCCAGCACCGUCGUCUCCAUGGAAGGGCUGGAGGCCAUGUCCAGCUCCCGGUCCUCGGCCUGCCUCCUCUCUAAUGUCAGGCCAAGCUUACCGAUGACCCAGUGCAGCCUGAUUCGUGAGCCCCUGAGCCUCCCUCAAGUCAAAGUUUCCAAAAAUGAAGAGGGAGAGAGUCAGCUGUGUGGGACGCUGGAGAGACUCUCGGGGAGCUUCGCAGACCUCCAGCAACGCCUCUCCCAGCUCAUAGACCUCCUGCUUGAGAAGAAGCAGCCGCUGGCCCCCACCCGUUACCCACUCUCUCAAGACCCAUCUUUUCUUCUCAUCACAUACCAGAAGCCGUCCCCAGCAGGGCCUGUAUUGGACAAGCGAGCAGUCCUUCUCUGUGAUGGCAAGAUGCGCCUGCAACAGGUCCAACAGAUGUUUGGCCUCUCUCUGGUGGAGAUGCAAUAUGGUUCCCUCUGGAUCCUCCUCUCUGCUGACAGCGAAGGCUUCAUCCCACUCAUGUUCUCAGCCGCCCAGGAGGUCACCAUCCGAGACGGCAGCAGUGGUGGUGGGCUGGGCUCCUCCACCCAUGGAUGUGGUUUCUCAUUGCCUGGAACAAACUCCUAGAGUUCAUCAUUACGUGGCCCUUCUUCUCACAGACUUGACAGAGACAUAAACAGCAAUUCUCCUCAAGUCAUCAAGAUCCAUCUCAGGCCACCUUGGGCAAUGCAUUUUAAAGUAAUCCUAGACCACUCUACAAAAGUGUUGCCUUAUUUGUGUAAUAUCCUUUUCUGUAGAAAGAUCCAAGAUCCAAAUAUCUAUCCCUAAGCUCAACGAGCCUUUCCAUAAAUUGGGAGGGUGUCUAAUCACCAGAUUGUUUAAGGCUUUCAAAAUAUGGUCCAUGCAUCUGGAUUUUCGGAAUAUUAUCACACUGCUUUUGGAAUGGCCUCCCUACAAUGAUAUAAUUGCAAAUAAUCUUCAGUUGUUAUAAUCCUAUUCAGGAUCCUGAGAUGGCCAGUGUGCUGCAUUCUGCCCUUGGACAUUAUUUUUUUUUUAAAACCCUUACCUUCCGUCUUGGAGUCAAUACUGUGUAUUGGCUCCAAGGCAGAAGAGUGGUAAGGGUAGGCAAUGGGGGUCAAGUGACUUGCCCAGGGUCACACAGCUAGGAAGUGGCUGAGGCCGGAUUUGAACCUAGGACCUCCCGUCUCUAGGCCUGGCUCUCAAUCCACUGAGCUACCCAGCUGCCCCCAGCCCUUGGACAUUAUUAACAUGAGAGAUGAUCUUAUUUUUCUCAUGUUCUGUUAUAAAAGCUUUAAGAAAAAUUUCAACAUCUUUAUAAGACAGAUUAUAUUAAAAAAAUGUUGGGGAACACUGAGCUGGGUAGCUCAGUGGAUUGAGAUCCAGGCCUAGAGACAGGAGGUUCUACGUUCAAAUGUGGCCUCAGACACUGCCCAUCUGGGUGACCCUGGGCAAGUCACUUGACCCCCAUUGCCUAGCCCUUACCACUCUUCUGCCUUGGAACCAAUACACAGUACUGAUUCCAAGAUAGAAGGUAAGGGUUAUUAAAAAAAAGAGAAGAAAAUGUUGGCCAUCUUUUUUGUUACCAAAAGUGAUUCUUUUUCAUAAUGAGGAAUACUGAAUUUCAAUUCCUAUAUCUUGGGGUGUAAAAUGUGUGUGUUGUCUUAGGUUUACCACUUCCCUGUUGCAUCCUAUUGCAGGCAGUUCCCUUAAGGAGAAAAGGCCUUCAUAGGAAUUGGUUAAUGGUUGUGGUUUCUUAGAAGUGGACUGUGGGGAUACUGAGGCAGCAUGGGUAGGAAUAGAUAUGGUAGGAUUAUGAGAUUUCCUCUGGGCUGGGGUUGCUUGUGGGAUGGGAAAAGGGAUAGGAGAGAAUGGGGCAUCAGGAGAAGGAUCAAGAGAGGUAAGGUUAGCCAGGAGUUGCAGAGCUUGAGAGAGGUAUUUCAGAGUACAAUAGAGGAGGAUCUGUACUUGAGAUUCAGGAGAGGGGUCUUCUGUCUCUAAUUCAUGAGAAAUAGGACUUUACUCUCUUAGUAGUUCAGGAAAAAGCUUGCAAAAAUCAGAUAUGUUUUGGAUUGAGUCCCCCUUUGCCACGGAACCACGCAGAAAGUAUUUGAAAAUUGUCCAAUUGAAUUUGCAUGUCACCCUGCAUUUCACCUUUAAUUUUGUGCAGGUGGAAAAUUUGCCACACUUGAGCUACAGUCCCAGCAUCCUUUUAAGUUACACCCUCAUUUUACAUACAGAGGCAUGGGAGAUAAAUUUGGUUAAGACUCACACUGCAACCAUCUUUUUGGGGGGGAGAUUGUACUUUUGGUAAAGUGCUACAGGUGUGAGUCUUUGUCUCUCUUUGCUCACUUGACUGAAAGAAUCUUUUUUUUUCCUUUUCCCUCGCUUUUGAUUAUUAUUGAAAUCCUAUAUUUUUUAAAUACUAGGACUAUUUAUUCAUUUUUACUCCCACAAUUUUUGAUGACCACGAAGAGACUUCAGAACUAGAGGAACCAGAUUUCUUCUCCUGUCAUGGUUUUCCUUCUCCCCUUUUUCUUCUCCCUUCUCCCUCCAGGAAACCCUUCAAAACUUUCUCAGGCUGACUGCCUACACUUGCCCACCAGAAGACAUCGGGUAGCCGCAGCUCUCCCUUACAGAGGCUGUUCCUGCUAACUACUUCUCCUGUUACUGCUGCUUGCUUUUGCUGCUACUGGUAAGCUUUAAACUCCCUGCCCCCAACCCCAGCCCAGGGGAGGGGGAUCCCUUUUCCCUUUUCAGGGGGUACAGGUCCUCUCUCCUAAGUCCUUUUCCAAAACACCCCACCCAGCUUCCUAUACUCCCUCUUAGCUAAAACUCUCUUUUCACUCCAGCUAAGAAAAGUUCUCACCCCUAAAACCAGCCUAUAAUCCUUGACUUAAACCUCCUCACCCCUGUCACUAGAGGCUAGUAUUAAGCACUCAGUUUUGCCUUUUUAUUGAACUGCUAAUAAUGAAUGAUACUCUAAAAGAAACAUUUUUGGCCUUCCUUCAAUUGGGAACCUUUAAGUUUUCAGAUUGCCUCCUUAUGUUGUUAAGAAAUUUUCUUCAUCAAUUCCUAAAUAUUAAGGCACAAAAUGUUAUCAUGCAGAAAAUGUAAGCUAAAAUGCAAGCAGGCAUUCAAAUUCAAUUGGACAAUUUUAAGAACUUCUUAAAUGGUCCCAUGACAAGAGACGAUUCCAUCCAAAAUAUAUCUGAUUUUUUUUCCAAGCCUGUUCCUGAACUACUGAGAGAAAUAGAUACCGAAAUAGACAUGGAAGACCCCUAUUCUAUGCUUUGGAUGGAAAUUCUCCUCUCAUAUUGAAGCACUCCUAGCUAAACCCUCCCCUGCUCCUUCUCCCCAUGCCCCAUCCUGCCCUGUCCCUUCUCUCACCUCACUCCCAAGAAACUCUCAUCCUACCAUACAGGUUCCUACUUGCACUACCUCAGUUUCCACAUAGACACCUCCUAGAAAACCACAAGGGAAGUGCCCGCAUUAGCACCAAAUGGGAAUGUCACAACACCAUGAUGAUGACAUGCAUGUCAGCAUUGACACACGUAGCCAUUUUCAAUGACAUGAGGCCACAUGUGGACUCAGCACACCUCUGGGCCCAGGAGCCAGCCAGGGAGCUAUGUGCCUGCAGCCAUGGCUGUGGCCAUGCCCCAGCCCUAGGUGGGAGGGCUGCUCCAUAUGCUGGCCGUGGGGCCAGGGGGCAAGUGGCAGGCGACACAUGCCAGGAAGCUGGGGAAAACGGGUAUCCCACAGGUGCAGGGAGGAGGAGCACAUGCUCGUGGAAGCAGGGCACUCAGGUAGGCAGGCUGCCAGGGGCAGCCACUGCUCUAGCAGUGCCCCCGGGGCCAGCCAGGUGGGGAUGGGUGGGGUGGGGCGGGGCCAGCAGAGAUUAAGUGGGGUUCUGGCUCAUAUUCAACAGAGGAAUUCCUGGAACCAAUUACCAGACACUUUUAGCACCCUGAAAAAUAUAGCAAUGACUUUACUCACAAUUUUUCCCUCUAUGUACUUUUGUGAGACCUUAUUCUCAGCAUUAAAUAAUAUCAAAACCAACAAAAUAAACAGAUUGACAAUUGAAAUUAGGAGUACUUGCUUAGGCUUAAAGUGUACAAAAUACCAACCUUCAAUUGAAGAUUUAGCCAAUGAAAAUCAGUAACAAAAAGUCACUAAUAGGCAGGUUAGUUAAAGAAUUCCCCCUCCCCCUCAUUUAUUUUAUGGCACCCCACACAAGUUAAAUAAUAUGAAGACAAACAAAGGAAACCAACUGACAGAUGAACAAAGAAGUCACUAAGCAGAUGAGUUAAAUAAUUGGUUUUUUAUUUAUUAAAUACAGUUAUAUAUUACAAUUAUACAUUUUUGUUAUUUCAACUAUAAAUAUUGCGAAAUCAUGUUUUUCUCAAAGUGACACAACAGCCAAGUUAUGCUUGGUUUUUUGGUGAAUUUUGACACACCAAGCUCAAAAGGUUGUCCAUCACUGUCUUAGCAUUAAGACACCAUAGACCUUUCCCACCCCAGGAUAUAAAGUUUAAAUGAGAUAUUCCUAGUUACAAAGAUGAACCUAUCUUGGUAACAAAAAAGAUGGCCAAUAUAUUCUUUCAUUUUGAUCCUUUUUAUAAAGAUGUUGAACAAUUGCGUUAUGCCUUUCUGACAAAAAUGUGAGAGGGAAAAGAUCAUCCUACAUGUUAAUAAAGCCAAGGGUGCAAUGCACCACACUGGCCCUCUGUAGAUCCUCAUUGGGACUAUAACAAUCACAAUGAAUAUAUGCAACUACUUUGUCAGGACUCCAUUCUAAAAGCAAAGCGAGAAUACUCCAAAAGACCGGAUGCUUUGACUAAAUUUGAAUGCCUUAAACAAUCUGAUGAUGAGACACCCUCCCAAUUUAUGGAUAGUUGGUUAUUGAUAAAUAUGGAUAGAUAUGGUUAUUGAACUGGGAGGUAGGUAUCUAGAUCUUAACCUUUCUAUAGAAAGAUAUUGGACACAUAAAACAACAUUUUGUAAACAACUAUUCCAUAGUAAUCCAGGAUUACUUUAAAACACAUUGCCCAAAGUGGCCUAAAAUGGAUAUUGAUGAGUUGAGGCAAACUCAUUUAAAGGCCAUAAAGAAAAACAAUCAAAAACUAAUAAUCUACUAGGAAAGAUCCAGAAAGAAUUAAAUACUAACUGACAGUUAAAUACUAACUGACAGAAUUGAUAAACAAAAAAAAAAGGCCAUUAUAUUCAACCAAUGGCACUUUGCCCCUCUCCAAGAACCUAUCAAUUUCUUUCCUUCCAUUUCUAUGGAAAGAAGGGCCACAUAAUGAUGAACUGUAGGAAUUUCUUCCAAGCAAUUAGAAAUAAUAUCCAAUGGAAUAAUAGAUAUAGAAACAAUUAUAGAAAUAAUUACAAAAAUUAUUUCAAAUAUCACAACUUUAGGAAUAAUAACAAUCCUAGAAAUUUAAAUCAAAUAACUAAUAACUCAAACCAAAUGGCCCCUCAACAGUAUAUUUUAAGUGAAGCUCAUCCACAAAAUAUUCAGGGUGCUACUGCCCCUCCACAUGGCGCAGAAGAUGGUGCCACUUAGACUCUAUUGUUUUAUUGAUGUUAACCCUUUUCAGUUUUGUCUCCCCUCCAUAUAGCAGCAAAGAAGAAGAAACGGGUUUUGAAUACAGUGCCUGUCUACCCUCUUACGAUCUUUAUUUGUACCAACAACCUUUGGAGACUUUAAAAAGUAAAAUAGUAAUUGAUUUUAAGGGGUCUUCAUAGCCCCACUCCCUCUGACUGCUUGCUUUUGAUUUACAUGUAAUAAGAUAUAAGGGUCCACUGAAGUAACUGAAGUAAAGUGCUAUAGCAAUAUUGUAGAAAUGUAAUGGAUGAGACAUAUAGAGUGUCAGUCUCAUACCAGUGGAGGUAUGAAAAUAUUCCUAGGGGGCAUGACACCCCUGGAUGACUCCAGAGAGGGAGCAUUUCCCAUGAAUUCUACUGACUUCUGGAUGACAUUUUGGACCCCAAAGAGUAUUUUUAUCAGGAGUACAGAGUUUUUCUGAUUUGGAAUUUGUUGAAACCUAUCUCCUCCAAGGUUGCAAGAAUUGCUAGAUGUAAAAGAACUUGUAGCAUGUAUUUGUCACACAGUAACUCAUGUGACUGUACUUUUUGUUGAUAAUGAAUAAUUGCCUGACCUGAUUUUAUUUGACUAUUGAUUGUGAGAAGACUUUCCUCUUACUGGAUCUGUAUUAUUUUGUUUCACUGUAUUUGAUCCUUCUACUUGAACAAAUUGCCCUUAUAGGACAAUACAUAUAUUACCUCAAAAAAAUCUAUAUUAGUAACCUAUAUUGACCUGAUAUGCCUUUUGUAACAUUUUAUGCCUUCUAUAAUUUUUUUUAUUAUUCCUAGAAUGUAUUAUUGCUGCUAUACCUCCAUUACUUCAUCUACCUCAUUUGCUCUCACACUGUGGAUCAUGGCAAGUUAGAGGAAAUAAAUCUUAUUUUUCUGCAAGUAGCCUCUAUAUUUUACCUCUGUGAUUGUGAAAUAUAUACAAUUUGGAUUUUUUAAAUUGUUUUUCUUCUUGCAUGUGCGAUACAGUAUUUUAGUUUUUUUCUCUCAUUUUUAAUAUUUAAAGCACAUGACACCAAUAUUGAAAAGAUUUUUUUUAACCGUUUUACUUUUUGCAAUAGAAUAAGCUAAGAUUUUCAUUUAUCUAACAUAUAAAUGUGUACCCAAGAAGCUUUGGACUAUUGCAACCUGCCACUAACUUAUAUCAUGAAACUUUUGUUCGAUGAACAUGUCUGAGUCAAGGAAAAAUGGACUACAAAGGAGCACAGAAGUUGACCUACAAAGUGCCACACAAGCACAAAAGAUAAAAAAACUAAACCAAUCCUAUAGGGAUUGAUGACAUUCUGCUUAAAGAGCAUAAGGACUUGAUUAUGUGUGAGACUCAAGGUUGCAGCUGUUUAACCUGUGUAAAUGCAGGACUUCCUUGUACCACUCUCUAGCAAAUACAUAAUAUCAAUUGUUCUGGCUCCAUUAUCUUGGAAAGUGGAAAGAAGGGUUAAAUCAGGGAAUGCUAUUUCCCAUUUGUUUCAAGAUCUAGUCUCUUUUUUCUACUUUUCUUUCAUAAUGUGACAACUUACUGAAGUUCAGACUGCUAAAUUGGGUUCAUUAGUGAUUGUCGUUGCAAAGCCAUGGGACAUGGAUCAUUAUAAGCCCUUGUGAUUUGUGAAAUUUUUCCUUUUUCCUAGAAUUUUUCAUGUUUUUGAUAUUCUAUUUUUCACAGAGGUUAUUUUUAUUUUUUAAUUUCUUUUGAUUCUUUGAGGUUUUUGAUAAUUCAUUCAUAUGCCUUAUGACUUGACCAUGUAUCUCUGUGUGAUUCCUAUUUGUAUCCUUGUAUCCUCAGGGGAGGAAAUGUGUUGAUAUCCUCCUGGGGGGGGGGUUGUUUUUAUUUUGUAAUGAAAAUUUUUAAGUUCCUUUUGAGAAUAAAAAAAUUUUAAGGGUAAGAAAUGUACUGCCUCCUGGAACCCAGAGACUGAACUCCUUGUGGAAGAUGCCAUGGACUACAGAGACCACACACUGCUCCAGAAGUUCCUGAGCAAAACUGAAUGUACAGAAUUGAACUAUGGGAGGAUGAAUACAUUUGUUUACACUGUACUUUGUUGUACCAAAGGGAACUGCCCCUUAAUUGGUUUUGUUCUUGAUUCCCUUUUGUUUCCUUAUCCCCAAGUUAUUGUAUUUUUCCCUGUGUAAAAUUGUAUGUAACUUAUUUAAUUAUGUUUAAAAUGAUCCACAAUGUGCAGUUGGAAAAGUUGUUACACUUGAGCUCUAUUCCCAGCUUCCUUUUAAGUUACAUCCUCAUUUUACAUACAGAGGCUUGGGAGAUCAAUUUGGCCAUGACCCAUGCUGUGAGGAUCUUUUUUGGGAGCUUGUGCUUUUGGUAAAGUGCUGCAGGUGUGAAUCUUUGGCUCUCUUUGCUCUGCUCACUUGACUCAAUCUUUAUGUCUUUUCCCUCUCUUUUGAUUAUUAUUAAAAUCCUAUAUAUUUUGAA